GCGACUCUUAGUUCGCUCGUGGUGGCUAACAUAUAUUGUGGAUAACGGAGAAGGGAUAUCAUUCUAAAACUACUAUCUUGUUCUUGUGUAAAUAAGCUUUUAGAUGAUAAUGAGCUCCCGUUAUCGCCGCAUUCGUUGACGAGCAGUGUUAGUCGAUCAUGAUUCUCAGUAGGUCGUGCGCUCCUUUGCAGCGAGCCACGAAAUAUAUACGAUUAUUUCGACGAAGUGAUGAUUUAGUGAAACAUUGUCGAAAUGCACACCACUUUGCGUUUCAUCCAGAUACAAAGACCGAGAGAAAAGGAGAAACCAAAGACAUGAACAUGAUGCAGGCCAUAAACGAUGCUAUGCAUUUAACACUGGAAAAGGACGAAACAGCAGUGCUAUUUGGCGAAGACGUGGAAUUUGGUGGCGUGUUCCGUUGCUCAAUGGGUCUGACAGAACGUUUCGGCCAGCAUCGUGUUUUCAAUACGCCAUUGUGCGAGCAAGGUAUCGUGGGUUUCGGUAUCGGCUUAGCCAACCUCGGCAUCACCGCUAUUGCCGAGAUCCAAUUUGCCGACUACAUCUUUCCAGCGUUCGAUCAGUUGGUAAACGAGGCGGCGAAGACUCGAUACAGAAGUGGCGGUCAGUUCGAUUGUGGCAAACUGACGGUGAGAAGUCCUUGUGGUGCUGUGGGCCAUGGUGCUCUCUACCAUUCGCAAAGUCCGGAGGCCUACUUUGCACAUACGCCCGGUCUCAAGGUUGUCGUUCCACGAGGUCCGGUACAGGCCAAAGGUUUGCUGUUAAGCUGUAUCGAAGAACCGGAUCCCUGCAUCUUCCUCGAGCCGAAGAUACUUUAUCGCACAGCCAUUGACAAAGUGCCUACAGAAUAUUACAAGUUACCGCUUGGCAAAGCCGAUGUCGUGCUUGAAGGCGAUGCAAUCACGUUAAUCGGUUGGGGAACGCAAAUCCACGUGUUGUUGGAAGUGGCAGGUCUCGCGCAAAAGGAGCUUGGCGCAUCGUGCGAGGUCAUAGAUCUUUGCUCGAUCCUCCCGUGGGAUGCUGAAACUGUGUGCAAGUCAGUAAAAAAAACCGGUCGAGCUGUCAUAUCUCACGAAGCUCCACUGACUCAAGGUUUCGGAAGUGAAGUUGCUGCUACCAUUCAGGAGGAGUGCUUUUUACAUUUGGAAGCUCCGGUAGGUCGAGUAACAGGUUGGGAUACACCAUUCCCUCACGUGCACGAGCCGAUUUACAUGCCCGACAAGUGGCGUUGCUUCGAGGCCAUCAAGAGCACUUUGACUUACUGAUCGUUGACAAUUUUUUAUUAUUUAUUUUAAGAAAAACAUAAGCCGCCGUGAGUGCGCGCAUGUUUGCCGCAAUAUAGCCAGAUUCCACGUUUCUGUGUUUUAUUUUCUUCAUUCUCUCUCAUCGAGCUAACACUUUUGCGUCACAUGAACAAACCGGUCGCCAAUGCAUGCAUACAGAGACAGCUUUAUCUCUCUCUCACUCUCUCUCUCUCUCUCUCUCUCUCUCUCUCUCUCUCUCUCUCUCUCUCUCUCACGCGCGCAAAGUCAAAUUAUU